GCGUUUCUUCUUUACAAAAUAUGAAAAGCUUCACAACAGAGCUGGUAGAAGUGAACAGUGUGCGUGGGGAGGCGUCAGUGUAAGAAUGAGCAGCGCGCGAUCUGUGUACUUUCAUAUUUUACACUGUGAAGCGCGUGAGUCGAUCACUACACACUGGAUGUACCUGCUAAAGAAACACCUUUGAAGGCGCCCAGGGCAGAAAAUGGGACACCUCAGUUCCCAACUUUAAAUCUGACAGGAGUAUUGUUUCUUGAUGCAGAGUCUGGGCUGAUGACAUGGCAGUAGACGCGGCCUCCAGUUUCACUUUCUGUCGUCCUGCGGUGGAGUACAGGGCUCUUCCAGAGGACUUUAAGUACCAGCUGAGUCGUUGUGCAGGUGGAAACCUCACCUGGCAUGAAGGGCAGAGCCGCAAAACAGCUGGUGGCCGAACGGUCAAACUUCUCCAGCAGCCUGGAACCGAAGGACUGCAGUUACGUUCAGGUGAAUCGUGCUCUGUUUACCACACCAGCCCAACCUUGCCGUGUCUCUCCAGGCCAGUGGUUUUGUGGUCUCAGCAGGAUGUGUGCAGAUGGCUGAAGAAACACUGUCCACACAACUACUUGACCUACGUUGAAGCCUUCUCCCACCACGCCAUUACAGGUCGUGCUCUCCUGAGAUUGAAUGGUGAGAAGUUAGAGCGGAUGGGUUUGGUUCAGGAGACUCUGAGACAAGAGCUUCUCCAGCAGGUUCUGCAACUACAAGUACAAGAGGAAGGGCGCAACUUACAGCUGCUGAGCAGAGGGCUCUCUGGAAACCUGUCAUAGCUUCAACCGUGCGUGGGGCAGUUCUACCAGACUGACUGCACUCUGAGGAGACAUCAGUGGGUCUGGUCAGACUGAGGCAUUUGACUGGAGCUGUCAUGGACUGGGACACGGGGACAGGUUUCAGUUAUACAGCUCAACCUUCACAUUCUCACUAAGCUUAAAGAAAACUCAUACCAGAUGAGACCUACAAAAGGAGCUUUCAUGUGCACUCACGAUUUAUCUACCCCAAAUCUACUUUGUAAUGGAAACAUAAAAUGCAGAGGAAUCUCGAAUCUUCAUAACUGAUAAAGGAGGACCCAUCUGGCUGUACCAAAGCUCCAUGGAUUUAGUAAAAAGUCGGAUCCACUUUAAAGUCUGCAAGACCUUCUACAGUGAUGUCUGGUAUUACUGACAGAACUUGCUAUAUUAUGAACUUUGCCCACAGAAACAGGCUUGCUAACUAUUUUCUGCUGGAA